GACGCGGCCCGGCCGCGGGCAUCCGGCACCUUCCUCCGCGGUAGGAAUAAGGGAAGGACAGAGCCGGCCGCCUCCCGCUGCUCCCUCGCCGUUAUGGCCGGCUCCGAGCAGCCGCCGGCGCGGCGGGAGGACGGGGAAGCUCCGUUGCCCAUCGAGGAUUCGGAGCUGGCGCUGGCCGGCAUCAACAUGCUGCUCAACAACGGCUUCCGCGAGUCCGACCAGCUCUUCAAGAAGUACCGAAAUCAUAGCCCGUUAAUGAGUUUUGGAGCCAGUUUUGUCAGUUUUUUGAAUGCCAUGAUGACGUUUGAAGAGGAGAAAAUGCAGCUGGCAUGUGAUGACUUAAAGGCUACAGAAAAGCUGUGUGAGAGUGACGAAGCUGGAGUUAUUGAAACAAUCAAGAAUAAAAUUAAAAAGAAUGUCGAUGGACGAAAAUCUCCUCUAUCCAUGAUAGAUCGUCUGCAAAGACAAAUCAUUGUAGCGGACUGUCAAGUCUACUUGGCUGUGCUCUCCUUUGUAAAACAAGAAUUAUCAGCAUACAUAAAAGGUGGAUGGAUCCUCCGAAAAGCCUGGAAAAUUUACAAUAAGUGCUAUACGGACAUUAAUACGCUUCAGGAGAUUUAUCAGAAGAAAGCUACUCAGGAAUCCUUGACUUCUGACGCUGCAAAUGAUAAUCAUGUUGCUGCAGAAGGUGUAACGGAGGAUUCGCUAAACAGACUGAAAGGUGCUGUUAGCUUUGGAUAUGGACUUUUUCAUCUUUGCAUAUCCAUGGUGCCCCCAAACCUGCUCAAAAUCAUCAACCUGCUGGGUUUUCCUGGAGACCGCCUACAGGGGCUUUCUUCACUGAUGUAUGCAAGUGAAAGUAAGGACAUGAAGGCCCCUUUAGCUACAUUAGCUCUGUUGUGGUACCAUACAGUUGUUCGUCCCUUUUUUGCUCUUGAUGGCAGCGAUAACAAGGCAGGAUUGAAAGAGGCAAAAGAGAUUCUUGCAAAGAAAGAAUCUGCUUACCCAAAUUCUUCUCUGUUCAUGUUCUUCAAGGGAAGAAUACAACGAUUAGAGUGUCAAAUCAAUAGUGCCUUGGCUUCAUUUCAUACUGCUUUGGAACUUGCAACAGACCAAAGGGAGAUUCAACAUGUCUGCUUAUAUGAAAUAGGCUGGUGCAGCAUGAUAGAGAUGAAUUUCAAAGACGCCUUUGAGUCCUUUGAAAGGCUUAAAAAUGAAUCCAGGUGGUCUCAGUGCUACUACGCUUAUUUAACAGCAGUGUGUCAAGGAGCCACUGGAGAUGUCAAUGGUGCUCAGAAUGUGUUCAAGGAAGUUCAGAACUUUCAAAGAAAAAAUAAUCAGAUUGAACAGUUUUCAGUAAAAAAGGCAGAUAGAUUCAGAAAACAAAUGCCAACCAAAGAGCUCUGUGUCCUGGCAUCCAUUGAAGUACUGUACUUAUGGAAAGCCCUUCCAAACUGUUCCCUCUCCAACCUACAGCAUAUGAGCCAAGCUUGUCAGGAUGUUGAUGAUUCAUCAGCUGUUGGUUUGAGGAAUUUGCUUCUUGGUGCCAUACACAAAUGCCUGGGAAAUUCUGAAGAUGCUGUUCAGUACUUUCAGCAGGCUGCUAAAGAUGAGCUGUGCCGUCAAAACAACUUGUAUAUCCAGCCAUAUGCUUGCUAUGAGCUUGGCUGUCUUCUAUUAGACAAUCCACAGACCGUGCCAAGAGGCAAAACCUUACUUCUCCAAGCCAAGGAGGAAUUUACAGGCUAUGACUUUGAGAACAGAUUGCAUGUCCGCAUCCAUGCAGCCUUAGCCUCUCUAAGGGAAGUUGUUCCACAGUGACAAACAGGAAGUUGUGUUGUCCAUUCCCACAGUUUCUGCACUUUAGGAUGAAGCAGAAGAAAAAGCUGUUGGGAAGACCAGCUUUUCUUCUGGAAACCACUUGUGCCAGAGACACUUUCAUAGUAUGGUUAAGAGUUGGUAUGGCUUAGUAAAAUACUACAAUUUCAAUUGAAAGUAAAUCAACCAAGCAGAAGGUUAAGUGACCUUGCGUAUUUUAACUCUUCACUUUUUGUUUGUUUAAACCAAGGGGAACACAGUUAUUAAGUGACUCAUCAGGGGAGCUUAAAUAAGCACACAACUUACUUCAGUGUUGGCAGAUGGGAUUUUUUUUUUUAAACGUUUUAAAGUAGAUCUAAAUCUAAAAUAUGCUAAGGGGAAGGUGUUUCUGUUUUGAUUAGAAUACAGUGAAAGUAGUUGGUACAAAUGUUGAAGAAGGAAAUGGGCAGAACACUUAUUUUCUUGAAGCAUUAGCCAAAACACAAAAAAAGGAAAACCAUUUAGGCACAGAGAGCAGAUCUUGCUGAAUUUUAGAGUUUUAUUUCAGUGAAUUCAUGAUGAAUAAUUUGCCAAUUUAAAACCUCCCCAUCCCCUUUCCAUUAUUUGUUGCUUCCUUCUCAACACAGCUCAUACUUCUGAUAGAAAUUCUAUUAACUCUUAAGAUCUUGGCUUCUGGUACAUUCCAGCCAAAUACUUUGCUUUACGUGUAAUUAUAGUGAGGGCAAUUUUCAUUUUGCUCUUAAUAUUCUGACCAGUCCAUUCAGAUAACUAGGCCACAUACAGUAAUUUUACAUGUUUUCCAUUGAAGCUGCUAAGCCUUUAUCGCAGUGGCUUUUACAGCUAUUAAAUCAGACAAAACAGUACGCCCACCACCCACCUCUAACCCUAUUUUUGUAGUUUUACCAAUACUAUGCUAUCUUAAGUUUCAAUAUGAUAUUCCAAAUUUGUGGCGUUGACAUUUGAAGUUGACUUACUGAAGACACUCUAAGAGCUUGAAACUUACAUCGUGAUCACAUAUAUGUAUAUUGUUUUCAAUACUGGCCAUCUGUGUCCUUGUUCGUAGAUUUUUUAAAAACAACAACAACAACAACAACAAAAAAACAUUUUGUCUGUAGCAUCUCCCUGUGUUGUGUAUUCAGUUAGUAUCAUUACCUAGAAAGUAACGAAGGUAUUUUUUUUAAAGAAACUUAUGAGUGGAAAUCUGACCAGGAAGUUAAUUGAAUUAUGUUACUUUGCAAAGCUAAGAAAACUGGAUAUCUUUGAAAAUAAUUCUCUAAAAGCCUUAUCUUUACUUUGGUCAGGUUGCCUUAAACAGUUCCUUAGCUUAAACGUUUUGCUUCUUUUUCUAACUUGUUGCAGAAGACGUUGCUGUGUUGCCAAGGUUUCAUACCUUGCCCCACAUCUAAUCUUCAUUGAUUUGCUUUUGAGGUUGCAUCUAAAGCAAGACUGACAUGGAGGAGAAAAGUAAUACUGGAUUUGGUAGGCCAAAGGAAUCGGUUGCACUUCUAGAGCAGUUACACUCCUCUAUUGCAGUUCCUGAAGGAGAGGAGAGACUUUAUUUUUCUAAAAUGUAGGUGUGUUGCAGAUAGUACGCUGUCAGCUUUUCUGUUCCAUUUAAUCAGUAAUAUUGAAUCACAAAGGAGUGUUCAACCUUUUUUGAAUUGGUCUAUCCAAAUAAGUAUUGAAUAGAGAACAAUAUAUUGUCUGUAUAUACAUAGCAAAUUCCUAGAAUCCAAUGAUAAUUUUCAAGAAAGGUCUUCAGUAUACUUGAAAUCUUAUUUUGUCCUACCUUUUAAUAUUUUGUGUCAGAGACACAGUCCAGUCUGAGUAAAUAGAUAGAAACAUUGCAUUUAAUGGCAAAAUUCCAUUCAAACACUGCUUAAGUAUGCCAUGAGCCUAGGCUAUUCAGGACACAAAGCACCUGCAUGUGAUUGGUGUUGGGAUGUCUGGGGUCUACAAACGUUGGAGGUAGCUAGCAAAUUGUAGUAAACUUGAUUACAAGGCCUGUUCUGCUCACUGGGCCAAGAGCGAGUCCAAAAAGACACCAUAUAUUCCUGUAAAGGUUUAACUCUGUGCAAGUUGCAGCUUUUCUGUGGAUUUAGCAAAACAUCACUGAAAUGGAACCAUCGGUUUCUGUAAUUUUUUCUCCCUCCAUAGGAGAAUCUUCUGCUUUAUAAAUGUCACGUUUGUUUUUUAUGUUAGAUUGUGCCUGUGAUGAGAAAAAUUUCAACUGUAUUUUGUGCAAACUGAUACGUUUUUAUACUUUGGAACUCGGAGGCAUGGUCUAAUAGCAAUAAUAGAAUAUGCAUCUUGCUAGUUAACAUGUUAAGAAUAUCUUUACUGAGUCAGGUAUUUUUUGUUGAUGUUGAUGGAGUUUUUAUCUCAAUAUGACUCAUUUCAAAUAACUAGAAUUUAUAGAUGUCACAAAGUGGCAUAUUUAUUGUGACGUACUGUAAAUGUUGUUAAUUUACAGAACUUGCACUUUUAUAUUUCUGAGUAAAAUUAAAAGAAACGUGGACAUGCGUUUUGUUCCCUGGCUCCUUGAAUUUGUCUUUCAAAUUGGUGGCCUCCUCAACAAGGUGGUGUUGAGUACUGGAAAAUCUUCUGGGAUGUCAAGUGACUCUGUAAGAAAGCUUUCUAGUCAGUAAUUACCUCAGCUUCUGCUCUUCCAGUAUAAUUUCAGUCUCCUGGUUUAGAAAGUGAGUUACAUGUGUCAUGUUGAGAUCAACCACAGAACGAAUGAGAUUUUACAUACUUCUAAGAAAACGCCAACACAGGUGUGUUUGUUGUAUCCCUACACUUUGGAAAAACGCUUCUAAGUUACUCUGAAGCAAACCCUUUAAUUUCUCCUGUCUCUGGUUGUUUUCUAUUCCAGCUAUGCUUUAUUCUGAAAUAAAAUUCCCCAAAUGUGGUACUGAA